AGUGUAGUAUAAACAACUUUUAUUUGCACUAGGAAUCCAAAAAAUUCACGUGACUUGCUUUAUUGCGAUAUUAACUUUGUUAUGGUGAUCUGGAACAACCUGCAAUAUCUCUGAGGCAUGCCUGUAUUUGCUCAGGAGGCAUGAAGAGGGGGCAUGUCUUCUGGACACCAUGAUUACAAACUAGUGUGCAGCAUCAACCAUAAGGAGAGACGACAAACACAUCGCAAGGCUCUGGGUGCCAUUUUCCUGUUAACUUGUCCUCCGGCUGCACUGAGAUGGAAAAAAAAAAAAAAGGUGAGCAAGGACUGUAGAGUGAAAAGAGUUGAAAACAGAGUUUUCUCACCAUGAUUCAAAAAACCCCUGUCCUCACGCCUGCCUUCAUCUACUGCUGGAGCACUCUGGCGAGGGGUGAUGGAGCUGUGGACAGAUAUUAAGCUGGGCAUUUCUCAGCAUUGAUAUAUGAUAGGGGUAUGGUAAGGGGAAUCUGGGAGCCCUCCUCACUGUGUCCCCCAGGUGAGUCCUUGCCCUCGGGAAGAAGCCAUCAUGGAGCAGUGUGCAAGCGUGGAGAGAGAAGUGGACAAGGUCCUACAGAAGUUCCAGACCUAUGGGCAGCACUGCGAGCAGAGCCUGGAGGAGCUGCUGCACUACGUGGGCCAGCUGCGGGUUGAGCUGGCCAGUGCAGCCCUCCAGGGGACCCCUCUCUCAGCCACCCUUUCCUUGGUGAUAUCCCAGUGCUGCCAGAAGAUCAAAGAUACUGUGCAGAAACUGGCUUUGGACCACAAGGACAUUCACAGUAGUGUCUCCCGAGUGGGCAAAGCCAUUGACAGGAACUUUGACUCUGAGAUUUGCGGUGUAGUCUCCGAUGCGGUGUGGGACUCUUGGGAGAAGCAGCAGCAUAUCCUACAGAUGGCCAUUGUGGAGCAUCUGUACCAGAGGGGCAUGCUCAGUGUGGCCGAGGAGCUGUGCCAGGAAUCUACCCUGAAUGUGGACUUGGAUUUCAAGCAGCCCUUCCUGGAGUUGAAUCAAAUCCUGGAAGCUCUGCACAAACAUGACCUGGGCCCUGCAUUGGAAUGGGCCAUCUCCCACAGGCAGCGUCUGCUUGAGCUCAACAGCUCCUUGGAGUUCAAGCUGCACCGACUGCACUUUAUUCACCUUCUGGCUGGUGGCCUCAACAAGCAGCUGGAGGCCCUCAGCUAUGCCAGGCACUUCCAGCCCUUUGCUCAGCUGCACCAGCGGGAGAUCCAGGUGAUGAUGGGCAGUCUGGUGUACCUGCGGCUAGGCUUGGAGAAGUCGCCCUACUGCCACCUCCUGGACAACAGCCACUGGGCCGAGAUCUGUGAGACCUUUACCCGCGAUGCUUGUUCCCUGCUGGGGCUUUCUGUGGAGUCGCCCCUCAGUGUCAGCUUUGCCUCUGGCUGUGUGGCGCUGCCCGUGCUGAUGAACAUCAAAGCUGUGAUUGAGCAGAGGCAGUGCACAGGGGUCUGGAGUCACAAGGAUGAGUUACCGAUUGAGAUCGAACUAGGCAUGAAGUGCUGGUACCACUCGGUGUUUGCCUGCCCCAUCCUUCGCCAGCAGACGUCAGAUUCCAACCCUCCCAUCAAGCUCAUUUGUGGUCAUGUUAUCUCCCGAGAUGCACUCAAUAAGCUCAUUAAUGGAGGAAAGCUGAAGUGUCCCUACUGUCCCAUGGAGCAGAACCCAGCAGAUGGGAAACGCAUCAUAUUCUGACUGCUCCCUGGAAGGAUCUUUGUUUAAAGAAGUUUUUGACCCAUGAGCCUUGCUGUCUCACAGGGGGUGGUUGGAUUCAGUGCAUUGCAGUUCAUUUCAGAGCAACUGCCUGAGUGCCACCACAGCAGGGACCAAGGAGGAAGAUGAACCAACCUGCACUGGGCAGCUGGCUCCUUGACUGUAAGGGUGGGGAGAUGCUGACCUCUGUGUUCCUGCUGUCUCCCUUUGUAUUUGCCAUUGACUUGGUAGCAACUGACAGAGGAACAGGACUUGGGUGGUGGCAGUAAGUCUUCCAUCCCUGCCCUCAGCCAGGUCUUACUGCCACAUCAAAGCCCUGUCCACUCCUCCAGGUGUACAGCCUCACAACUGUAUGUAACCCACUGUAAAUACUCUGGGUAAGAACUGAAUGCCAUUGUUUUAGCAAAUACAUUCACAGGCCUGCCUUUAGCUUCACCAACAAAGAAUUACAUGUCUACUACACACAGGUACUAGCAUGGUCUGGCUGUUGCUGCUGGUGGAACCAUGGCAGCCACAGUGCUGUCAGGAAGAACCCAAUCCCAUCUCUGAUUGGUGAAAAAUCUGGGAGAUGUCAGUCCUUGGGGACUGUGGCUUUACAAAUCCACACAUAAAACCUCAUUACCUCCAUGUCAGAACCCAUGCAGGGUGAUUUGGGAAGAUGAAAUGACUUGUACAACAGGGCUCAUAGCUUGUCAAGAGCUUGGCAUUUAAACCAGAUGAAGCCCAAGCUCUUCCCAGUUUAUUUCAGGGCACCUGAAGCCUGGGUGCUAUGUGUACUGGGUCCUAUGCUGGGCCUUGAGAGCAGGAAGGUAUCUUAAGUCUAAAAUGUUUGAAGGGACUGGGUUACCAGGACCAUUAUGCCAAGCAGGAGAGAUGGCCUGGGGUUUUGUAUUUAGCUUCAUAUUCCUAUUUAAAAUGUCCUGUGUGGC